AUGAUUGCCCCCUCCGAUCCCGUUCUCUCCUCCAAUUCGGCUGCUCCCCUGGACCAGUUCCACCCCACUGCGGAUCACAAAGAGGCCUUUGAUGAGAAGGUCGUAGUGAUUGUCGGUGGCUCCAACGGUAUCGGUGCUAGUCUGGUCGAGAUCCUAGCCCAGACCGGCGCGUAUGUCUGCAUUGGUGAUAUCGACACCACCCGCGGCGAGGCCCUCGCCCGGAAGUGUCUGGAGAACUGGCCGGCCAUUGGCGAUCCCGCCCUGCCCCCCAAGCCGCCCCGCUCCAUCUUCCAGCCGGUGGACGUGACCGACUACCAGGCUGUCGUCGAUCUCUUCGAUCGUGCGUUCAAGGUGUACAAGAAGAUCGACCACGUGGUCGUCACGGCCGGCAACAUGGAAGCUGGCGAGAACUUUUUCGACCAGAGCCUCAGUCUGCAGACUGUGAGACAGCCUCCGUCCACCAAGGACGUCGAUGUUAAUCUCAUCGGCUCGCUGUAUGUCACCCGUGUGGCGAGCGUCUAUCUUCGUCACAACCGUGGCCCUGGUGUGGACCGGUCAAUUUUGCUGUUCUCCUGCGCAGCAGGCUUCAAGGAAACCGCCGGUGUGUCGGUCUACCAAGCCGCCAAGCAUGGCGUGCAAGGUCUCAUGCGCUCCCUGCGGCCCUACUUCUCCUCGCCGUACAAGCACAAUGUCCGGAUCAACACCAUCUGCCCGUGGAUGACCGCGACCCGCUCGGGCGUUCCCAAGAAGGUGGGUGACCGCUGGGCCAAGGAGGGCCUGCCCAUCAGCACCCCGCAGGAGGUGGCCUUGGUGUCGGCGGGCGUCCUGGCUGACGACUCUCUGCACGGCACCUCGAUGUAUGUCGAGGGCGGUCGUGCAUGGGAGAUCGAAGAUAACAUCACCCGCCUGGAGCCCCAGUGGCUGGGUGAGGAGCCGUCCCGGACGCUGGCGUUGGGACAGAAGGUGCUGCAUGAGGCCUGGGCGGCGUAA